UUAAUUCUCUGGGGUUGGGUGCGGUGGUUCACCGAAGCUCUGUAACGCUGCUUUUCAAACACCCUUGCACACUUAAGGCCUAGCGUUACCUUCCCAUCAACUUACAAAGAAUCUCCUGCUGUUACCCAGAUUUUGAAACUAGCCAGAGGAGAAAAUAACUUCGGAAAAAAAUCACAAAUUUAAGAUGGGAUCUGGGAGUUUUCUCAAGGUGGUGGCCAAGAACUUCGACGUUCUUGCCGGACCUCUGAUUACUCUGGUGUAUCCUCUAUACGCCUCAAUUAGAGCAAUAGAAUCCAAGUCCCGUCUCGAUGAUCAGCAGUGGCUCACUUAUUGGAUUCUUUAUUCUAUGAUUACUCUCUUUGAGCUUACCUUCGCAAAGGUCAUAGAAUGGCUCCCCUUUUGGCCUUAUGCAAAACUGAUUGUCACCUGCUGGUUGGUCUUGCCAUACUUCAGUGGGGCUGCUUAUGUUUAUGAGCAUUUUGUUAGGCCUUUCUUUGUAAACCGGCAGACAGUUAACAUCUGGUAUAUCCCAAGGAAGAAGGAUGUCUUCAGUAAGCCAGAUGACAUUCUUACUGCUGCAGAGAAAUACAUUGCAGAGAAUGGACCAGAAGAAUUUGAGAAGUUAAUUCACAGGGCUGACAGAGAAACAACAUCAAGAAGGAAUGACAAUUACAUGAUCUUUGACGAUGACAACAGGUAUUGAGCAUUGUAAUUUCGUAUACACUGUCUUCAUGAAGAGUAACUAAAGGUGAGACAAAAUACACCUCUAGUCUCUAGCUGAGUUGCGUCUCUGGUCGAUGGCCAUCGUUGUUCAAUAUUGUUUAUAUUGAAAGAUAACUCCUGUUUAUAUGAUACACAUGUAAUUAUGUGGUUUGCUACUCUUUACCUUUCAGAGAUGAAGAUUAAUUUUUAUUUUCUUUUUAUUUUGAUGGCGA